AUGACGACAAAAAUCAUCCAUUUCAAGGUGAACGGGAAACUGGAGACGGCCGAGUUUGGAUCCGACGUCUCUGCUGCGGACGUCAAAGAUCUGUUCCGAGCGGCGGCGGAGGCGGGGCCUCACCACAUCCUGAAGAUGUACAACCGAGAGGGAACAGUGGUGAAGAUCUCCCCCCGGCUGGAGGCCAACAGCAGGGAGUCGUACUACCGGCUGGAGGUGGUGGCGUCCGAUCUGCAGGGUGUGGCGACGGCCUCGGACCUGGACAACAUGGAGCACAGGCUGCACCACCUGGAGAGCAGAGUCCUCCAGGACGUGGGGACGACUCCGGACAUCAUGAGCGAGCUGAAGAGCCACGUGGAGUCGUUCAGGAGGAAGCUGGAGAGCGUGGAGCACCUGAGCUGGAUCGGUCUGUUCAAGGACGACGGAGACCAGCAUCUCGCCAAGUCCCCCCCGAAGCCCAGGACGCCUCAGCUGAACGUGCAGGAGGAGCGCCAACAAGUCCGCAGGAAGUUCCUCAACAUCAGCUCGCUGCAGGUGACAGAGGAAGUGAGGGAGCUUCUGAAGACUCCCAUUUUUGACAACUGGCAGUGGGAGGAGGCGGAGAUGCUGGUGCUCCUCCAGGUGAUGUUCACCAACCUGGACUUCCUGACGGCGUUCCACAUCGAGCUGGAGGUGCUGCAGAACUUCCUGUUCGAGGUCUACUGUCACUACAACAACAUCCCGUUCCACAACUUCCAGCACUGCUUCUGUGUCACGCAGAUGAUGUACGGCCUCAUCUGGCUGACGGACCUCAGGAACAAGUUGGGCAGAACCGACCUGUUCAUCAUGUUGACGUCGGCUCUGUGCCACGACCUCGACCAUCCCGGCUACAACAACGUCUACCAGAUCAACGCUCAGACCGACUUGGCUCUGCGCUACAACGACAUUUCACCGCUGGAGAACCACCACUGUGCCGUCGCCUUCGGGAUCCUGGCCAAGCCGGAGUGCAACAUCCUGAAGAACCUGAGCAGCGAGCAGUACAAACACAUCCGAGGAGGAAUGAUCAAAUGUAUCCUGGCCACCGACAUGGCUCAGCACAACGAAAUCCUCAACAGGUUCAGGUCCAUCCAGUUGGCGUUCGACUUCAGCAACAAGGAGCACAAGGAAGUGCUGAUGAAGAUCAUGGUGAAGGUGAGCGACAUCUCCAACGAGGCGCGGCCGAUGGCGGUGGCGGCGCCGUGGCUGGACUGUCUGCUGCAGGAGUUCUUCAACCAGAGCGACAGAGAGAAACAGAAGGGACUUCCUGUGAGUCCCUUCAUGGACCGGGACAAAGUUUCCAAACCGUCGUCUCAGACCAGCUUCAUCCGGUUCGUGCUGCUGCCGCUGUUCAGUGAGCUGUCCAAGCUGUUCCCCUGUCUGGAGCAACAUAUUCUGGAGCCGGUGGGCAGAGCCCUGGAGUAUUACUCCAUCAUGGAGAAGGCCAGCAGAGACGAGGAGGCCACCACGAAACCGGAGGAGGAGGAGGAGGAG